CAGAUAGCAGCAGAUGGACUGUAGCACAGCAUAACAACGGAGUGACUGUGUGUGUGACAGUGCGUGUGAGAGAAUGGUUGUGAAUGAGUAGCAGCAAGCUCCUUUCAUGUCCUCUGGAUUUGCACGCAGUGAGCAAUAAUCCUCUGGAGGGAGAAGAGGGAUACAGACACAGAGUGAACACUUGCUCUUCUCACUUCACAAGCCCUGCAAACUGUGGCCACCCUGUCUUCAAUGCACAGGACAGGAGUGUCUCCAUAAAUGCUACGAACUGCAGAGGGACACUGUCUUUCUUGAUUUUGCAGAAGAACAGGUGUAAGGUAUAGAGGAGUCAGGUUAGGUGACAUAAAGGUGCCUUUGGGAGCACAGAGACGGGGGGUUUUCCCGGGUGAAGAUGAGUCUGGACCCUGUACAGGUGAUGAGCGGUCAGGUCAAGGAGCUCAAAGUUGGCCCUUCGUCCAACGGGGACAGCAGAGGAUCAUGGGAAGAGAAAGAAGAGUUUGACAAGGAUAAGUUGGGACUCACCACCAAGCCAAAACCAGUGACAGGGAGGCGAUCCCGGAAGGUGGAGGGAGGCGUGUUCUUUCCAAAGCCUGAAAACGCAGUGACCGUUGCCGUCUCUUCUCGAGUCUUGUUUCGGACCGAGCGGGAGCAGAAGGUGUUUGAGCAGGAAGGGGUGGAGGAGUAUCUGAGGUACCAAAUCGAACACGAGAACGAGCCUUUCACCCCUGGACCUGCCUUCCCCUUCGUCAAGGCUCUGGAGGCGGUGAACUGUCGUCUGCGGGAGCUGUACCCACAAAGUGAAGAACUGUUCGACAUCGUCUUGGUGACAUACAACCAUGCCCACGUAGGAAUCCGGCUCAUCAACACCAUCAACCAUCACAACUUGUUUAUCGAGAGGUUUUGUAUGACGGGGGGAAGCAGUCCCAUCGGCUACCUGAAGGCCUGGCAUACCAACCUCUACCUGUCUGCAGACGCUGACAAGGUCAGGGAGGCUCUGUCUGAAGGGAUCGCAGCAGCCACCAUGUUCAUGUCGGAGAAGGUCACAGAGGUUUCAGAGUCCCAGCUGAGGGUGGCAUUUGAUGGUGACGCCGUCCUCUUCUCCGAUGAGUCCGAACGCAUCUUCAAGGCACACGGGCUGGACAAGUUCUUCGAACAUGAGAGGGAAAACGAGGACACGCUGCUGGAUCAUGGUCCCCUUAAAGGCUUCCUGGAAGCACUUGGAAAGCUCCAGAAGAAGUUUUACGCUAAAGGCCAGCGCCUGGACUGUCCAAUCCGAACCUACUUGGUCACAGCUCGUAGCGCAGCCAGCUCUGGAAUCCGGGCGCUGAAAACCCUCAGGGCCUGGGGCUUGGAGAUCGACGAGGCCUUGUUCCUCGCAGGAGCACCAAAGGGCCCCAUGCUGGAGAAGAUCAGGCCUCACAUCUACUUUGACGAUCAGAUGUUUCACAUAGAGGGAGCUGCUGAGAUGGGCACUGUCGCUGCCCAUGUGCCCUACGGCAUUGCACAGAAACAUAACGCCAAGCAGAACCCCACUGUGAGGAAAUAGACAGCAGGGCUUCAAUAGUCAUCCAGCCAGAAGCAGAACAAGAGAAUGAAGAAAUGUCUUAUUGAAGAAUAAAAGUCAAGAUGAGUAUUUCCACUGAGUUUGGAAAGAUGAACUUGUAUGUGGAAAUGCAUCAUUUCCAUAAAGUAGCCAUUGUAUUGUAAGUGUGGUUAAUCAAAAUGUUAACUAUCGCUGCCUAAUGCUAUCACAUUAAGGGUUAAAUACACGUUGUGUGCUACUGCUUUUAAUAUUAUCAGUCAUUUAAUAGGCCAUUAUCAGUUGUAAUCCUAAAGCAUUGAUUUGAAGUGGUACGGCUACCACUACAUAUUAGUUGGCUCUGUAGGCUGUAAUCCUAUAGUGGUAAGCUGGAUCACUGCAGGUAGAUUUGAAUUGUUAGACGGAGACCUUUAGUGAUCAUAAUAAUUUAGAUUGAAGCAAGAAAGGAAGUCAAUAAAUGAGUAGUAUAAUAAGUGUCACUUGGGUGGUAAACAUAACUUAUGCACACAAGUAACAAACAUCAUUUUUGUUGCUCAGUGUUCCUCAGCUUUACAUUUCAAAGCCUCAAUCUGCCCAAUACUGAAGUGUUUAGUCAAAUAUUGCUUUAUAUGGUCAAUUUGGAGGUGCUUAAAAAAAUGUUGACCUGAUAUUUCUGUCACUACUACGUUAAUUCUUUAUAAAGAAGGCUCCUCAGUGAUUGAAAGACUUCAUCUUUAGAUAUGUAUAUACAUUUAGAUUACACUGUAUGUUGGCAUGAAUACAUGAACCAGAAGCACAAUACAGAGGUAUUUUAAAGUAAACCUGAUAGUGAUGUAGUGUAGCACAAGAGUCAUAAUAUGAAGUUACUGGGUUUUUUUCCUCACAAGAAUGUAAAAAUGUCUGUUUGAUGUACUAUCGAAGAAAGGAAUACUAUGUCGUGUUAGUCCAAAAGAAAUAUAGAAAGCCAUACAUUUCUGUUGGUGCCUUAGUUUCAAGGAAGACACUAUUUUCUAGGCAUGCUAGCAGUGUGGUAAGCUAACACUUUGCUUCAUGCUAGAACACACGAAGCUAAUGGCUAAUUCCCCAUUAGCCUCAGUUGUACAUAAAACGAUCAGCAUGCUAACGUUUCUUUUCUCAGCAUGUUAAAAGUAUUUGAUAUUACAGAAGAAAGUGUGAUAUGUUAUUAAUCAGUUCACAAUAAAUAUAGAAAGCCAUACUUCUCAGUUGGGGCCUUAGUUUCAAGGAAGACACUCUUUUCAGCCAUGCUAGCGAGGUGGUAAACAAUUCUCAAAAACUGUUAGAUGGGUUGCAAUAAAAUGUACAAGCAUUUAGGAUCUGAAGAUCAUGACAUCCAAAGGACUUUGAGGUGAAUCGCCUCAAUGUGCACGCUUUUUAGCUGGUCACAAAAGUGUGAAGCUCAUGCUAAAACACCUUUAAGCUAAUGUCUAAUUCCCCAUAGUUGUACAUAGUAUGAGCAUCCUAACGUUUCUCUUCUUAGCAUACAAAGAUGAUUUGAUAUUACAGAACACAGUGCGUUAUUUUGUUACUCAGUCCACAAUAAUAUAGACAGACAUACAUUUCAGUGGGUGCCUUCAAACUCCAUGACACACCAGCUCUGAAUUCCCUUUAAACUGUGCACUACGUUAGCAUGCUAAAGUCUACUAAGCUAGCAUGCUAAUGUUAAUGGUCUCGAAGCUGAUCUUAGCCUAGUUACACUUGAGGAUGAUUUAGACCAUUGUAGACAGAUUAAGGUUGACUAAAAUCUGACAGUUAUCAGGUAUUAAAUAUUCCUAAUAUAGUCCUACUUCUUGUAUAGUAUAUCCUACAAUAGUAUUGCUUUGCUCACUCAAAUGUUACUCUUCAUAUUUCUCCACAAGAAGAGACUGUUCAAUUUGUCCUACAAUGUAAUGUCCCAUAGGGAUUACAGGAUCUGUGCAGGGAGAGCGUGUUCACUCACCAUCUGAAGUAUCACCAAUAACACGUUUCAAAAGCAGCUAUCUUGAUUUUACUGCCCUCUCCUGUAUAUAUGUAGGCUAGUACACUGCUAUACAUUGGUUGAUGUUAAGUUUAACUUGUUUAACUUAUUUGACGAUCAAUAGCCAACUUGUAAUCAAAAGCUUAUUUUAUGUACAGCAUUCAUUUUCAUUUUUGAUUGACAAACACAAAUGUGUCUUUUAUUGACAAAAUGGCAGCAGUAGCCUUUUGGAAAUGUCAAUCCACUUCACAUCAAUCCUUCACUGCUGGCAAAUCCUCAGAAAUAUUGUGUAUAUUUAGAAAUGAUUAAUUACACCUCAUCAGCUUUCUGGGUAACUCAAAGCUUGGGAAAGUAACACAACACUUUUAUUCCACAGGCAGAUACGUGUAAAUAAUGAUGUGUCUUUUGGCAGACAUUUGCACGAAAAAUGGCUGGGUUAUUGAAGGAUGGAGUUCCAGAAAGAUCCGUUAGAUAGUUUAGACUUUACUGUGACAUUUGUAAAAAGAAAAAAAAAAGAAAAAAGGCAAUGCAACAAGAACAUGUAUGAACACUAAUAAAGAUGUCAAUUCAA